UAUUCUAAAACAGACCUGGCGAUAUGAUAUACCCAUGUUAUUCGUACAAAAAGACAGGAUGCAAGUGAAUUGUACCUGAAAUGUCACGAAAAAUUAGAUGUCAUUGAGAACCUUAAGGUUUCGUCCUCUUUAAUGACGCCGUCCGUUCUAAUUAUUACGCAAUUUUUAAGAGCUGAAAGCACGGACCCUGCAUAAAUUUAGAUAUUGAAUACUUGUUUAAACACAAAUAUUAGCAAACUACUCGGUGAGGAUUUAGAGCACAACUACUAUAAUUAAAAGUCCCGAGUCCACUACAUCGAUCGUGGGAUUAUCAAAUAUUCUGACAACCAACAGUUGAAGGAAUCUAGCCAGGUGUUUAGCUGAGAUCAGAACCUUACUCAUAAAAAUGGCCAACUUCGUCGGGACCUGGGAGGACACGGGUGAGAGGGAGGGGUUCGAUGAAUUUGCCGCUGCCAUGGGAUUCAGUAAAGAAAUGACGGAGAAAUACCGCGGGACUAGGCACAACUUGAAGUACAGUAUCAACGGUAACACGUGGACACUGGUGCUGAAGAGUUCCCUUUUCCCAGACAAGGAAAAAACUUACACGUUCGACAUCGGAAAGGAAAAAUGCGAUACUGGUCUGGAAGGCAAAGAUAUCAAGUUCACAGUGCAUGUGGUUAGCGACAAUGAAAUCAAUGAAGAUAUGAAGGCCAAGUCCGAUGAUACAUGGAAAGAGUACAAAGUGAACAGAAAGGUGGACGGAGACAGGAUGACCACGAUGGUUACCUCGGCUGGGAAGACAAUGUCUAGCAAACAAAAACGGCUGUAGGGAGCACGUGACCUGUGAACACUUCCGGUAUCAGAUGCUUGUCUCCAGUCAUUCAGGAGCUCUGUGAAGUAAUUUGCUGGAAUGCUUAAAGUGACUGAGUGUUCUUUUCCAAUAUGUCGUUAUAAUUAAAGGUGUCAUCUGUACUUCAGUUCACGAUACUUUUAUCGACAUCGCGAUUCAAAUAAAGAUAUUUACAUCAA